AUGGAUCAAACAAAGGCUGUACACGACUUCUACUCAACAAUUCUUAUUUUAGAUUUUGGUUCUCAAUACUCUCACUUGAUCACAAGAAGAUGUCGUGAACUUAACGUUUACUGUGAAAUGUUACCUUGCACCCAAAAGCUCAAAGAUUUGUCAUGGAAGCCAAAAGGAAUCAUCCUCUCCGGCUCUCCCUACUCAACUUACGAUACUGACGCCCCUAGAGUUGAUCCUGAUGUCUUCAACGCAGGUGUACCUGUUUUGGGUAUCUGCUACGGCUUACAAGAAACUACAAACGUCUUUGGUGGUAAAGUUGAAGCCUGUGAUCACAGAGAGUAUGGUUUCGCUCAAUUAGACAUUGUACACAAUGAUCAACACCCACACGCUAAUAAGCUUUUCGAAGGCAUUCAAGGCUCUAUGCAAGUCUGGAUGUCACACGGUGAUGCCGUCAGAGAAGCUCCAAAAGAUUUCGUCGUUAUCGGUAAAACUAACACCGCCCCAUUCGCUGCUAUAGCACACGUAAACAAGCCAAUUUACGGUAUUCAAUUUCACGCUGAGGUCACCCACUCUCAACGCGGAAAAGAAGUCAUUGGUAAAUUCGUACAUGAUAUCUGUCAAUGCAAGGGCGAAUGGACGAUGGAGUCUUUCAUCUCAAAGGAAAUUCAAAGAAUUCGUGAAAUAUGUGGCGAUAAGGGCAAGGUCUUGGGCGCUGUAUCUGGUGGUGUUGAUUCAACUGUCGCUGCCAAGCUCAUGCAUGAAGCUAUCGGUGACAGAUUUCAAGCUGUCUUGGUUGACAAUGGCGUUUUGCGUCUCAAUGAAGCCUCCCAAGUCUACAAAACCCUUAGACAAGAUCUCGGUGUAAAUCUCAAAGUUAUCGACGCAGCCGACUUAUUCUUGGGCAAAUUAGAAGGUGUCACUGAUCCAGAGAAAAAGAGAAAGAUAAUCGGUAACACUUUCAUUGAAGUGUUUGAAGCAGAAGCUGCAAGAUUAGAAGGUGAAGCUGAGAAGGAAAUUGAACAAGGUAAAUUUAGCAAAGGUAAAUUUGAAUGGUUAUUACAAGGAACACUUUACCCAGAUGUUAUCGAAUCCAUCUCCUUCAAGGGCCCAUCAGCUACAAUCAAAACCCACCACAACGUUGGUGGUCUUUUGGCUGACAUGAAAUUGAAACUCAUUGAGCCACUGCGAGAGCUCUUCAAGGAUGAAGUUAGAGCUUUAGGAAGAUUGUUGGAGAUUCCAGAUCACUUAGUCAAUCGUCAACCAUUCCCAGGUCCAGGUUUAGCAAUCAGAAUUCUGGGUGAAGUCACCAGAUCUCAAGUGGAGAUUGUUCAGCAUGCCGAUAGUAUAUAUAUGGAAGAGAUUACAAAUGCGGGAUUAUACAACCAGAUAUCGCAAGCAUAUGCUGCAUUAUUACCGGUUAAAGCAGUUGGUGUUCAAGGAGAUAAGAGAACAUAUGAGCAAAUAAUAGCACUAAGAGCAGUCACAACAACAGAUUUUAUGACGGCUGAUUGGUUUGAUUUCCCUCAUGAUGUACUCAAGCGCAUUUCGUCAAGAAUCACAAACCAAGUCAGAGGAGUAAACAGAGUCAUGUUGGAUGUCUCAUCGAAGCCACCAGCGACUAUUGAGAUGGAAUAA